AUGUUUACAGCGGCCGCCGUCCUGUGCCUGCUGGCUGCAGCCUGCUACGCCGCACCCCCCGCCAAGCCGCCCCUCUGGCUGGGGCGCGUCCGCGGUCAGCGCAUCAUAGGAGGUGAGCCCGCCGACAUCUCGCAGUACCCGUGGCAGGUGUCGCUGCAGCAGCUCGACGCCCACUACUGCGGCGGCUCCGUCAUAAGCCUCAACUGGGUGAUCACGGCCGCUCACUGCCUCUACUUCCAAGACAUAACGCUGUUCUUCGUGAGGGCGGGGACGUCCACGCGCGAAAGCGGCGGCUCCGUCUACGGCAUCGCUGCUGCGCACCUCAACGAAGCCUUCGACUACGGAACAGGGGAUUGCGACAUCGCUGCCGUCUCCAUAUCUGGCUCCUUCACCUUCGGCCCUAACGUUCAGGCUGUGAACAUUGGCGAUGUGGAACCUGAAGAGGGUGCACUGGUGACUGUCUCUGGUUGGGGCGCCCUGUCAUCCGAUGCGGAUGUUACCGAGCAGCUGCAAGCUGUGACGGUGCCUGUCGUGGGCCGUGACACGUGCUACAGUGUCUGGGGAGCCACGCAGAACAUGAUCUGCGCUGGUGGGCAGGGCGCUGGCAUGUGCUGGGGCGACAGCGGCAGCCCGCUGGUGGCCAACUCCACGCUGCUCGGCGUCGCCUCCCAGGGCUUCUGUGCUACUCCGGGGAUACCUGAAGUCUACACCAACGUCGCUGCCCUGCGCACCUGGAUCAGGGAAACAACUGGUGCCUAG